AUGCCUUCCCAGAGGCAUCAAGAGACUGCCGCCGCCGCCGCCGCCCGCCCCCUGCCUCCCGCUCCAGGGGCAGGAGAAGAAGUUGCUGCUGGAGAGUCUCUCUCCAACGAUGAAGGCAUCGUCAGCCCCCGUGACGAUGCUGAGAUGGAGAGGGCCUCUCCCGCGGCGGCUUCUUCUUCUUCUUCUUCUCCUGGCCGCCUGCCGCCGCCGCCCUCCGCCAUGCGUCCUCCCCCCGGCUUCGAGGAGGAGCCGUCUGCCGCCUCUGUCCCCCGAGAAGAGGCCCCGCCGUCCUCGGCGGGAGAGCAUCCCAACCCCCUGGGUUGCUCUCCCGUCGAGCCCGAGCACUUUCCGGAGUCGCUCGGGCUGGGCCAUUACUACGAGGCCCAGGGCGUGCGGGAGAGGGACUGGGAUCUCCCUGGUGCCGAGACUGCCCCUACGGGGUACAACGACCGGCCCGUCACCGGCCACUGGAUGUCUGGAGAAUUCAUCCUGGUCAAGGUUGGCGGCAAGGCGUUCCAGCUUCCAAUGCGGCUACUCUCCAAGUAUCCGUUCUGGAACGCCUUGCUGUACUUGGAACAGCCGCCCCAAGGCUGGUCGAUGCCGGGCGUGGACGCCGACAUCUUCGUCGUGCUCAUGGAGUGCGUGUACUCGACGUCGGGCCUGCACGGCACCGAGGACGGCCUGAACCUCAUGAAGCUCUGCUACGCGUACCUGCUCGCCGGCCGCUGGGGCAUGCCGCACGACAGGCGCAAGCUGCGCGACACGGCGUACCGCUACGUCGUCCGCAAGAUCUUCUUCUUCAACCCGCACCUUGCCGACGAGGACCAGGGCCACCUGCACCAGGGCCACUUCCGGUACCGGUCCGAGGAGCUGUACCGCACCUGGGAGCUCGUGCGGCGGUAUCCGGCCCUCGAGAAGAUUGUCAGCCAGGGAGACCUGGUGUCCAUGUACACCGUCACCGUCCAUCCCUCGCUCUGGGCGGAUCUUGCCGAGCAGUUUGAUCCCUUGUUUCCGGAGCUCGUGGAGGCCUCGCUGGAGAGGAGACUCAGCUCGGAUCAGAAUGCUUUUCAGAAUUGGUUUCUGAGGUUCUUUCGUCUGGCUGGGUACUCGGAUUUCGGAUGGCUUUCGCGCGAGGCUGCGGAUCGGUUCUUUGGACCGCUGCAUCUGGAUGAUGAUGGCCAUCCUGUCCCUCUUCAGUUUCGAACCGAGUUUGCCGCCUCUCGAGCUCGCACGGAGGCUUUGAUCAACGAGUACCAGGUACGACAGGAUCAAGGACAGCCCCUCUCUUCCGCUACUCCCGCCUAUGCCGAAGGAGAUGCUCAUGUCGAAGCGGACGUUGAUGUUGAAGGAGAGCCCAUUACCGACGAUGAACUUUACGCCGAAGGGGAGCCCGUUCCUGGAGACAAUCUCACUGUCGAAGAAGAAGAGCCUAUUGUCGAAGAGGACGUUGACGCAGAGGGCGAGUCCACGACCAAAGACGACGUCCUUCCUGGUCCCAGCAUCCUUUCUACUCCCACCAGGCGUUCUGAUCCCGGAAGACGACCUCGAGUGCACCACGACAACCGCGUGCGGUUUGCUGAACAGACGGAAAUCUUUGAGAUUGAACCAUAUCAGGGGCCUAGUUUCGCCGCGUCAAGAGCUGCUGCGUCUGCAUACGAGGAUAUGGACUCCGCGGACUGUGAUCCCUUUGUGGACUAG